UGAUUAUGAAGGUGCAAGAACUCUUUAAGGGGCAUAGCGAUUUGAUCCUUGGUUUUGGCAAAUUUUUGCCUAAUGGCUACGAGAUUAAGGUUCCAGAGGAAAAGAAGCCCGAGAAAAAGAAGCCUGCUGAUUUCCAUGAAGCUUUCAACUUCGUGAGCAAAAUUAAGAGCCGAUUUGAAAAUGAUCAACUUACUUACAGGUCAUUCUUAGAUACUCUUGAAAUGUAUAGGAAUCAUACUAAAUCAAGCAGUGAGGUUUGCCGGGAGGUGGCAUUGCUUUUUAAAAAUCAUGAAGAU